AUGCCGUUGACUGUGGCUGGUCGUGUUAGUGUGAUGGCCCCCCAUCCUAGCGAUGUUUUGAACUUCCUGAGGAUAAUCCUCCUUUCAGACCGGGUUGGACACCGGCGCAGUGGUACAAGACUAAGCAGCGACUCAGGUCCCAAAACUGUGCGACUUGUAUUGCAUGACCAUUCAGUCUCUCUUAGGAAAAUUAAAGCGACUGAGCGAGGCAAGAUAUAUGCCUUAAAACUCCAACUACCUUGCAUCUUCAGAGAAAAAGGAUAUGUCGUGCGAGAAGGACGUCGUGACAUGGCGACCGACCGACCGAUGGUCUUUACCUACGAGAUGAUAUUUGAACGACUGCUCGGUGGUGAACGAAAUGUCUCAAAUGAAUUCAUUGAGACAGAAGAAAUCGAGCUAUUAGGGAGAUUUUGUCAUGAUUCAACAACUGCUAGAAGGUUGACCUCAACGGCUCGUUCGGGCCACCAUCUAAGAGGAGCUGUCCGUACGUUGCCUGAAACGUUGGCUAUCUGGCCUGUGCGUUAG